GAGUUGAAAUGAACAAAAAAGAAAGAAAGAAAGAAAGAAAGUCGAGUAUGAAACAAAAGAAGUCAUUGUUUCUGUCCAAAACAAGAAAGAAGCAAUAUAGAGUCUGAUUUUAUUGACCACUUUCCAUUAAGAAAAAGGGUAUUUUCUCUGUAUUAUGGCUGAUGGACUCUGUCUCCAAGCAUGUUAUUUCUUAUCAUGCUGUAGUGGGAAGCAGACGAUAAUGUUUAUUGGUACCAAAAUCUACCGCCAAGAAAUACCCACUUUAUCAUUCUCUAUAAAUGUUUCACCCUCCAUUGAAAUCUGACACACUUUUUCUCUGAUAGUUCACCUUCUGCUCCACAAUCUCAAAAAGCUAAUCUAAAGUUGAACCCCACAAGUUUCAAAUCCCAUUCCAUGCCAUAUCCCCACAUUCCUUUUUCUUCGUUAGUGAUGAGAAUGCUUUAGGUCUGAAGAAAGAAAGAAGAAAUGAGGGUUCUGCAAAAGCUCCGCCUUCUGUUCUUCAUUGCAAGUCGUGUUUCUAUGAUGCUUCUUCUUCCACAUGUGAGCUCAUCCACAGAGAACAUGGAAGCUAUAGGUGGUCAUUCUAGCAGCAAAGACAACAGCAUCAAGAUGAACCCUAGGCUUGUGUUCGAGAUUUCAUUACAUGGAUUUCUUCUGUGGGCUUCAAUGGGAUUCUUGAUGCCUGUGGGUAUACUUGCAAUCAGACUGUCUAAUAAUGGUGGGGCUAAUCAAAGAAGGUUCAGAAUGAUUUUCUAUGUUCAUGCAAUUCUGCAGAAGGUUGCUGUAAUUGUUGCCACAGUUGGUGCAAUCAUGUCCAUAAAAAACUUCAACAAUGCUUUCAACAAUAAUCAUCAACGAGUAGGGGUGGCUCUCUAUGGUAUUAUCUGGCUUCAAGCCCUUCUCGGUAUUUUUAGACCUCGAAGGGGAUCUAAAAGAAGGAGUGUAUGGUUCUUUCUGCACUGGAUACUUGGAACUGUGAUUUCCUUCCUGGGAAUUCUGAAUGUAUAUAUAGGCUUACAAGCCUACCAAGAGAAGACAUCAAAAAGCAUAAGAAUAUGGAACAUACUGUUCACUAUUCAGCUUGUUAUCAUUAUGUUCUUCUACCUUCUUCAAGACAAAUGGGUUUACUUGCAGAAGAAGCAAGGAGUGAUUUUGGACAAUGAAUGUCAAGAAAUUUCUUCAGAUAUCAAGCAGAAGGAAAUGAAAGCUGAGUCUUGUUGAGAGAGACUUUUACUUUUAUAGGUUUAAACUAUGUGAAAAUUCUCGAAUAAGUUGAUUGUUUUUAAAACUGGCACAAUCAUUUAAAGAUUGUCAGCUACAUAUUAGUGAGUUAAUUCUUUUUUGUAA